GGUUUGUAACACAUGCCGGAUUAAAUGGGAGCGGCUUGAGGCGCGCGCGCGGGCUGCUGGGUCUCCACAGCAACAUCGAGAAACGACGGAAAACUGUGCUACAUCGACGCACCGGCUCUGUGUUGUAUUUCCACCAUGUCGUCCGGAAAGAUGGGGCUGUAUCGCUCGCAGCCGCGAGACUUCAGCAAUCUGUUUCAAACAUGCAGCUCUAAUAUUCAGAAAAUAACACACAACACCGGCCAAAUCAAAUCCAUGCUGUUCCAGCUUGGGAGCAGACCAGACACUCCUGAACUCCAGGACAGACUGCAGCAGAUGCAGCAUUACACAAAUCAGCUAGCCAAAGAGACCAACAAGCACCUGAAAGAACUGGGUGCUUUACCCCUACCUCAGUCUCCUUCAGAACAGCGCCAGCUGAGGAUCCAGAAAGAUCGGCUGAUGAAUGACUUCUCAGCAGCCCUCAACAACUUCCAGGUGGUGCAACGUCGAGCAGCUGAGAGGGAGCGAGAGUCUGUGGACAGGGCUCGAGCUGGCUCACGCUUCCUGGAGGAAAGCAACCAAGAUGAGCAACUUGUGACGUUUGAAAAGAAUGAAGACUCUGGGCCGUUCCAGAGUCAGGUUGAAGAGGAGCCCAUCACAGAAGAGGACUUGGAGUUGAUCAAGGAGAGGGAGACCAACAUCCGACAACUGGAGGCAGAUAUUAUGGACGUGAACCAGAUUUUUAAAGAUUUGGCAGUUAUGAUUCAUGACCAAGGCGAUAUAAUAGAUAGCAUAGAGACUAAUGUGGAGAGCGCUGAGGUGCAUGUGGAGCGCGGGACUGAGCAACUGCAGCGUGCAGCCUACUACCAGAGAAAAUCCCGCAAGAGAAUGUGCAUUCUGGCUUUAGUGCUGUCCUUGGUGGUCACUAUCUUCGCCAUUAUUAUUUGGCGAGCUGUGAAAUAAGGUGACAUCACACAUUUGUAUCUGGUGCACUUUAAGAUAUCUAGUGGUGACCGGCUGCUGAGUGUUUGGUUUGUGUAUGGAAAGGAACGGCAAAUAAAUUGCUUUUAUUAUUUAAAAUAUUCAAAUGUAAACAAAAUAUUGACAGCAUCCUGCAUGUCCAGUAUUGCUUUUUUACAUCUUUAUAGGGCAAGUUGAGUCUUGUGCAUUUUCCAAGUAUUAUGCAAAAUAGUAAGAGACAGGUGACAGUUCACUGACGGUGGAUUUGGUGAGCAAACAUGAAGUUGAUUAAAAGUGAAUGAAACAUUUGUUUCAUUUGAUAGAAUUACAAUUUGAUUGAAACUGGAGGUUUUAUAAAACACGAGCCAUAUUUUAUUACUUUAUCAUUUGGAAUAGGCUGUUUUGUUACUUUAAUGUAAGUAAUAAAAAUGUCUAUUUAAAUGAUAAAAUAGUGCAGAGAUGCAGAGAAAGGUUCAGAGGUGCAGGGAAAAAAAAGAAUUACUGCUCAGCUCGUACUUUUCAUUAGCUAUUAUAUAUUGUUUUGUUGAUCUUUAUCAAAAAACAUAAUAAUAUUCAAUAGUUGACCAACAUAUAAAUGGUAGAUAUGGCUAAUGGUUUUAAGAAUUGUCACUGAUCAGAUUACUUUAUCAUCUAGACUGUUUUUCACUUUUAUUUUCAGCUAAAUAAUAUUUAUUUUUGUUCAGCCUGUACAUGCAUUAUUACAGUUAUAUAAAUUAUUAUUAUUAUUAUUAUUAUUUGUUUCUUUAACUCUUCUUACAAUAGCAAGGUGUGGCAGGAUGAUACAUGUUGAGAAAUGCUUACAUGGCAAAUUCUCCCUUCAUGUUUGGUCUCAUACAAUGGUGGUGUUGUAUGUAUAAAAAUGAUCAUUACCCCAGUGUAGAUGUACAAAGUACCAAAUUAAAGCUAACAGUCUGUUCUUUUAAUGUCAUUCAUGGUUUCAUUUUAAAUCCAGUGUGCUGGGGUACAGAAUUAACAACAAAUCUGUGUCAUUCUCCUGAUGUAAAUUGCUCUAAUGAAGGUGUAGCACAUAUUGUACAGGUAGUUACUAAUAUUCUCUUUUGUCUCUGAAAGCAUAUUGUAAAUUUCGAAAGUGGCUCAGUGAUUUUUUUUUUUUUUUUUGUAUAAUAAUGUUAUUGUUGUCUUAAAGAAAAUGCAUUUUUCAGCAAAAUGUAUGUAACACUGGUGGUACAAAACGUAUAUGUCAUUGGUGGCUGCCAUUCAUAUGAUGAAGCCGCUGUGGGGCGUUCUUUCAAACGAUAUUGGUAAUAUAUUUAUGUAUAUUUGUGUGCAUGUGUGUAAAUGAGUGUCUUAUCUUUUUCUUCUUUUUUUUUUUAUUCAAAAUAUCAACUCAUUAAUCUAAGCUCAAUAACGUAAAUUCUUAACGCUGCUUCAAUCAUCUGUUGAGAUUUGGUUCAACCUGAUGAUCUGUGAGAAGGUAUGUUAUUUUAAUGUAAAAUCUGAUCUGUUAACAUUAACAAUGUUUUUGAUUAAGUUUAAGUACCAUUAUGUGGUAUGAUCUCGUAACACACACACACACAUACACUUGGAUUGUAAGUGCAGCUUCUUUUGAAGUUAUUUAACAUUAUCUAUAUUUAAAAUCUUUCACUACCAUAAUUUCUUUCUCUAUAAAAAUCUAUGUGGUUGGUUAUUGCAGUAAACCUUCAGUACCAAAAACUAGUUCAAGCUUUCAUCCACAUCAGGAGGUAUCUCAGUUUACACCUGUCUUUCUGUAUAUAUUAAAUAAAUGAGAAUGUCCAUCAA